AAAACAAACUAGUCUGUGAUACGAGCUAACAGAGGAAACACGUGUGUUGACGCAAUAAUUAAAACGAUUACAAUUUCGUAAAGAACAGAUGUGAUGUAAUACUUAGUUCAAAGAAUAUUAUUAAUCAUAUUAGAGUUUUUGCCGCGUAUAUAUUAUUAUGAAUAUAAUCUCAUACACUAUAUGGAUACUAGAAAAUCACUGUUUUAUUGUGUAUAGUGUUCUGAUAGCUAUUUUUAUCGCAUUCACUGUAUUUCAUAAGAAUCGGAUUGAGAGCCGCGAACUAAUUCGCGAGAAGAAAUUUGUGCCAAAAUAUUAUCACGCCGAGAAGAUUUCAGAUCGUGAAAAUCAUGAUGAUGAAGAUCCAGAUUUUCUCACAUCAGCAAUACCAGAGAAUACACCUUAUAUACCCUACAAGCCAAUCCGCAGAUCAACUGAAGAGAUAAUCAAUAGGUCUAGAGAAUACUAUGAGCUAAUGGCAACCAGAAGAACUGUGAGGAGCUUCAGUACGGAGCCGAUACCUCAAGAUGUUCUCGAUAAUAUCAUCAAAACAGCUGGGACUUCUCCGUCUGGAGCCCACACCGAGCCCUGGACCUUCGUUGCGGUCCAAGACCCACACAUGAAGUUGGCUAUCAGACACAUAGUUGAGGAAGAGGAGGAAGAAAACUAUGCCAGAAGAAUGUCCAGACAAUGGGUGACGGACCUCAAGCCAUUUGCAACGAACUCAACCAAACCAUACCUCUGCGAUGCACCAGCAUUAAUUCUGGUGUUUAGACAAACUCACUCGUUUAGAAGUGAUGGAAAAAAACGAAUGCACUAUUAUAGUGACAUCAGUGUCGCUAUUGCAGCGGGUAUUCUUCUAUCAGCCAUACAUUACUGCGGUCUAGUGGCACUCACAUCAACUCCUCUGAACUGCAACUCUCGCCUCCGAGAUCUCCUCUCCCGACCUCAUAACGAGAGGCUAGAGCUCCUCCUGCCAGUGGGAAAACCUCAUGAUAACACCACAGUACCUGAUCUUCGAAGGAAGCCGUUAAGUGAAAUUAUGUUAAACUGCUGAAUGAGUAAAAAAGUUCAAAAGUUUGCUCAAUUUUUUAAAUAAAGAUAUUUAAUUUUCA